AUGUCAACAAAAAGAAAACUUGAAGAUAAUAAUACGAGUAAUACAAAUAAUUCAAUAGAAACAAUCAUCAAUAAUAAUGAUGAAGAAACAACAACAAAAAAACAAAAAACGAAAAAAAAUGUUCGAUUUGAUGAUGUUACUGUUUAUUAUUUUGCUCGUAGUCAAGGUUUUGUAAGUGUACCAAGUCAGGGUACAGUCACUCUUGGUAUGGUUCAUGAACAUUCACAUGUGGAACAAUAUUCCGUUACAGAUUUUUUACGUGUUCGUCGUGCAGUGCAUAAAUCCAUAUUACGUGACAGAAAACUACUUCCACCAUCUACAUCUGCUAGUAUUGACAGUGAUAAUGAUGAAGAUGAACCUCUUCCUGUUGAUGAUUAUUAUUUUGUUCAACCAAUAGCUACACGACAACGUCGCACAUUACUUAAACAAGCUGGUCUUGUUAAAAUCGAUGCAACUGAAAAACAUGAAUUAACAUUAAUAAGACGUUCACGUGAAGUAUGUGGCUGUUCAUGUACUCGUGAAAUAGGUGGUUGUCAACCGUCAACAUGUGAAUGUUAUAUUAAUGGUAUUGCAUGUCAAGUUGAUCGUUUAACAUUUCCAUGUCCAUGUGCAACUAUGCUUUGUAAAAAUCCAUUAGGAAGACUUGAAUUCAAUCAAAAUCGUGUACGAAAUCAUUAUUUUGAAAUUAUAACAAGAUUAGAAGCCGAAAAAAAUCAAGAAGAAUUUGAAUGUCCUAUUAAUCAACAAAAUGAUUCUGAUGAUAUAUCCACUAUAGAAUUACUUUUAUCAUCCAUAAUAUCACAGAUUGAAUUUGAAGAUGAUGAUAUAGUAUCUGUUCUUGAUUCAAUUGUGUCGUCAAUUGACGAUUCAAUGAUGACCAUUGAAGAUUCUUCAUCAUUUUCAUCAAUCACGUUACCGUAUAAUGUUGAUACGAAUAUCUUCACUACUCUACCAUUAUCAACCAAAGAAUAUUCAAUUCAAACACAACGAAUAUGCCAUACUAAUUCAUCAAAAUUAUCUGUAUGUAGAGAUUUAACAACUUCGACACCAUCGACUACAAUGAUUUCAGCUGAACUAUCUUGA